GGAAGUAAGGUCUCUCGAAUUCCUGACAGCGGCAGCAUUUAAAGUUGAGCGAUCAGGUGCUUUGGCCGACGGCCUGUUUCUCCAUUCAGGGUCUACCCGAACCAGGAGGACACUCCAUACCUCUAGUGCCCUAUGGAGAGGGCUGAGGCUGAUCGCAAAGUAUCCGGCGCGGAACAAAAGACGCAACACUCCGAGAGGUGCCGGACGCCCCGCCCCUAGAGAAGGGUUUAGAAGUCUCCCCCGGGGAAGGCACCCGAAGACCUCCCCGGGGCGUAGCCCGCCGAUCAUGGCCACGCCCCAGGGGGCCGGUUCCGCCACUUGGCGCUUGGCGGCCGCAGCCUGCUGGCGAGUGGUGCGCGGACGCUGCGUGGAGCAUUUCCCGCGAGUCCUGCAGUUUCUGCGCUCCCUGCGCGCGGCCGCCCCCGGCUUGGUUCGCUACCGGCACCACGAGCGCUUGUGUAUGGGCCUACAGGCCAAGAUGGUGGUGGAGAUGAUCCUGCAAGGCCAGCCUUGGGCUCAGGUUCUGAGUGUCCUGAAUCGCCACUUCCCAGAGUCUGCACCUGCACCGCCCGACCCGAGAGCUACAAAGCGGGAUCUGAGGAAGAUUUUGGAGGCACGGGAAACCUUUUGCCAGCACGUGAAGCAACUGUCAGAAGCCCCUGUGGAUUUGGCCUCAAAGCUGCAGCAGGAGCUUGAACAAGAGUAUGGGGAUCCCUUUCUGGCAGCCAUGGAAAAGCUGUUUUUUGAAUACUUGUGUCAGCUAGAGAAAGCACUGCCUGCAGUAGAGGCACAGCAGCUUCAAGAUGUGCUGAGUUGGAUGCAGCCUGGAGUUUCUAUCACCUCUUCUCUUGCCUUGAGCCAGUAUGCUGCAGACAUGGGGUGGCCGCUUCCAGAUCCCUUUGUUUCUGGCUCAGUGAACUUGACUGAGCCCAUGGAACAGAAUCAUUCUCAGCAAUCAAGACCAGCUCUCCACAGUCCUCUGCCAAAAGCCAAGCCCAGCCCUCAGGGACCAGCUUCAAGGAAGCAUCCCGAAUCUUUAGCUGGCCACCACUUCAAUCUGGCCCCGCUAGGCCAGCGAAAACUCCAGUCCCGAUGGACAUCUGCAACGGGCAGCUAUAAAGAGCGCCCCACGGUCAUGCUGUUGCCCUUCAGGAAUCUGGACCCACCAAGCCAAGUCAUAGCUAAACCUGAGAGCAGGGAAGAGCGUGGGAUACACACAGCAGACACAGCCUGUGUGGGCACAAGAGCAGCCUUCACUGGCAAGUCAAAGAGUCCAUCUCAGGUCCUGGGGGAACGGGCACUGAAGGAGAACCCACCUGCAUCGUCAGCCUCAGAGCCAACAGAGAAUUGCUUGGAUUGCUACAUGAACCCUCUGAGACUGUCAUUAUCACCUCCCAAGGCCAAGAAGCCAGCAUGUUCUCCAUUUCUGACCACCUCAGUCAUUACCAUAGGAGACUUGGUUUUGGACUCUGAAGAGGAAGAAAAUAGCCAGAGGGAAGGAAAGGAGUCUCUGGGAAACUAUCAGAAGACAAAGUAUGAUACCCUGGUCCCCACCUUCUGUGAAUACCUCCCCACCUGUGGCUCCAGUUCCGUGCUUGCUCCUUCCCCUGACUGCACAGACAGCUCUAGACCCCUGUGAAACCACUGGAAUACCGUCUGCCCUCUGUCCACCUGUUUUCUCAGCUCUGCAGUCAGCUUAGUGGGAAUGAAGUGGAAGCCCAGCCUUGGGUUGCCUGAAUUCAUGCUAAAAGCGGUGUAAUGCUUGAUAAUUAAAUUUUGGAUUUGUCACACUGUCUUGAUGUGGGGAAGGGAAACUAAGGCUUCCAUGGGUCAGCAGAGGUCACUCCUUAGAACUGGCCUCCCUAGAGCUGGAGGAGCCCUUUGCCUUUUUCCUUGCUUGGAAAGUGUUACGGGUGCAGAGAAGGGUUAUCUUGGUGAUCCCAGGGAGUCAGUGCAGUUCCUAACUAACCACCCUGGAGAAGCACCCAGGUCAGCGACUAGCAUCUGUUUAAAGUCCAUGAGGGCCAGGGAUUUAGUUCAGUGGUUCCGUCGCCUGCCUCGCAAGCGCAAGGACCCGAGUUCAAUCCCUGGUACCAAAAAAAAAAAAAAAAAAAUUAGAGCACACUUAAAG